CGGCUUUGUCAUUCUCAUAUCCUCCGCUCCAAACCCCUGAUACAUCGCAAUGGCUGAGCACAAGUACAAGUUCGACGUCAAGAUGACCUGCGGUGGAUGCUCUGGAGCAGUCAACCGGGUCCUUGCGAAGACCGAGGGCAUUUCGUCGUACGACGUCAGCCUGGAGAAGCAAGAAGUCCUCGUAACUGGCACGAUACCGUACGACGACUUGUUGGAGAAGAUCAAGAAGACGGGCAAGGAGGUUCGCUCAGGAGAGGUCCUUGAGUGAUGCGGCUCGAGUUCAGUCUGCGUCCGAUUGCUCAAAACCUUGAGGAUUAUUGAAUAUUGUUAUGUAUCAUGUUAUCGUAUGCAGGUUAUGCAUUGUUCCCGGUUGAAUACCAC